CUCUUCUCAGGGGCGCACGCAGAAGCUCAGAGGCCACAAGAAGCGCAAUAUUUCUCGCGGCACGAUGUGUCCUGCACCGCGACUCGUAGAGAGCCCUGGGCACGAUACCAGCGCGGCUUCUGAUUGGCUCCCUGCCGCGCGCUACAGCGUGCCUGGAGCCUGCGCAGAGAGACCGGGCCGGUAGAGGAGAUGUCUGGGCGAUCCAAGCGUGAAUCUCGUGGUUCUACCCGCGGGAAGCGCGAGUCCGAGUCGCGGGGCAGCUCGGGUCGCGUCAAGCGGGAGCGGGAGCGGGAGCGGGAAGCCGAGGCGCCGAGCUCCCGGGGCAGUCCAGUGCGUGUGAAGCGGGAGGUCGAGCCGGUGAGCGCGCGCGAGGCCCCGACGCCAGUCGUCCCGGCUGUGCGGGUGAAGCGGGAGCGCGAGGUGGACGAGGACUCUGAGCCUGAGCGGGAGGUGCGAGCAAAGAAUGGCCGUGUGGAUUCUGAGGAUCGGAGGAGCCGCCAUUGCCCGUACUUGGAUACUAUUAACAGGAGUGUGCUGGACUUUGACUUUGAGAAACUAUGUUCCAUCUCCCUCUCACAUAUCAAUGCAUAUGCCUGUCUGGUGUGUGGCAAGUACUUUCAGGGCCGAGGUUUGAAGUCUCAUGCCUAUAUUCACAGUGUCCAAUUUAGCCAUCAUGUCUUCCUUAACCUCCACACUCUCAAGUUUUACUGCCUUCCAGACAACUAUGAGAUCAUCGAUUCUUCCCUGGAGGAUAUCACAUAUGUGUUGAAGCCCACUUUCACAAAGCAGCAGAUUGCAAACUUGGACAAGCAAGCCAAACUCUCCCGGGCAUAUGAUGGUACUACUUACCUGCCAGGUAUUGUGGGCCUGAAUAACAUAAAGGCCAACGACUACGCCAACGCUGUCCUUCAGGCUUUGUCUAAUGUUCCUCCUCUACGGAACUACUUCUUGGAAGAAGAUAAUUAUAAGAACAUCAAGCGUCCUCCGGGGGAUAUCAUGUUCUUGUUGGUCCAGCGUUUUGGAGAGCUGAUGAGAAAGCUCUGGAACCCUCGAAAUUUCAAGGCACAUGUCUCUCCCCAUGAGAUGCUUCAGGCUGUUGUCCUUUGCAGCAAGAAGACUUUUCAGAUCACCAAGCAAGGGGAUGGAGUUGACUUCCUGUCCUGGUUUCUGAAUGCUCUGCACUCAGCUCUGGGGGGUACAAAGAAGAAAAAGAAGACUAUUGUGACUGAUGUUUUCCAGGGGUCUAUGAGGAUCUUCACUAAAAAGCUUCCUCAUCCUGAUCUGCCAGCAGAAGAAAAAGAGCAACUGCUGCAUAAUGAUGAAUACCAGGAGACAAUGGUGGAGUCCACCUUCAUGUACCUGACACUCGAUCUCCCUACUGCUCCCCUCUACAAGGAUGAGAAAGAGCAGCUCAUUAUCCCUCAGGUGCCGCUCUUCAACAUCCUGGCCAAGUUCAACGGUAUCACUGAGAAGGAAUAUAAGACCUACAAGGAGAACUUUCUAAAGCGCUUCCAGCUCACCAAGCUCCCUCCAUAUCUCAUCUUUUGUAUUAAGAGAUUCACUAAAAACAAUUUCUUUGUGGAGAAGAAUCCAACUAUUGUCAACUUCCCUAUUACAAAUGUGGAUCUGAGAGAAUACUUGUCUGAAGAAGUACAAGCAGUGCACAAGAAUACUACCUAUGACCUCAUUGCCAACAUUGUACACGACGGCAAGCCCUCGGAGGGCUCCUACCGGAUCCAUGUGCUUCAUCACGGGACGGGCAAAUGGUAUGAAUUACAAGACUUGCAGGUGACUGACAUCCUUCCCCAGAUGAUCACGCUCUCGGAGGCUUAUAUUCAGAUUUGGAAGAGGCGAGAUAAUGAUGAAACCAACCAGCAGGGGGCUUGAAGGAAAAGUUUAGGGCUUUGCUCCCAGUGGCUUUGGCUGAAGAUGUAAUACCAAGGCUGUAGCUGAACAUAGGCUGAUUGGCAUAUUCCUGGAGCCAGCCUGUUUUGUGGAUUUGGGUUCACGCCAGGACAUCAGAGGGGCCCACCUGCCUGGGAUGGGUCUGCACUGUCCCCCAGCUGUUCUUUGAUCAGUUGAUUAUAGACUGAUGCCCCCUUCUCCUUCGUAUCUAGCUCCCCUCUAGUUUUAGCAGGCCAGAACUCUUUUACAUAUGUGUGUAAUUUUUUUCUGGGCAUCUGGAAAUAUCCAAAGGACAAGAUAAUGUCUUUGCACAUCACAGCCUCAGAAUUCUAGGAAUCCACUAAUACUCUUCUGCCAUCAUAGAUAUUUUUUGGUGUGGCUCUCUUCAUUUCCUGCUGUGUUUUUUGGAAUGGAUUAAAUGUUUUCCUGUUUUUAAA